UUUAUGUCGUUUUUAGACAAAAAUUUAAGUUUUUAUUUUACAAUUCUUUAAAAAGUAUUCUUCAAAAACGGCGCAAGUUAUGCAUAUUUGGCGAAAUAAUCCAAAAAAUGUUACUCCGUACCUCGAAUCGCUUGGUGAUCCUUAAAGACAAACCUCAGAGAAGCAAAUAAUUAUCGAAAAUUUGGAUGAUUGGAAAGUUAUUACGGCUACAUGGUUCGAAAUGGCACAAUAUCUAAGCGUUUUGGAAACUUAGCCAACGACCAAAACUUUGCUGGAAGAGAAAAUUACGAAAAAGCGCUUGCCUUUGCUCUUGAUUCUGCAACAAUUUUAGUUCAACACCUCGACAAGACGAUUUUAAGGAGCAUUAUAGCUUGUAUGUCAAUACAAUUAUUGAACAAGCUCUCGAUACUUACAAAAAGAAGAGAAAUCAAAAGGUGGAUGUUGAACCAAAAUUAGC